GCUCGCCCGUCUCCAUGGUGACGCCGUCGCGUCCAUGACAAAAGCCCGAGGCGCAGGCGCGCUCUCGCUUCCGGCACCGGCUGCAGCCCCAUGGCGAGUUACAAGGCCGCCGACUCCAAGCGGGAGCAAUUCCGCCGCUACCUGGAAAAGUCGGGCGUGAUGGACACGCUCACCAAAGUCUUGGUUGCCUUGUACGAGGAGCCCGAGAAGCCCAACUGCGCCUUGGACUUUCUGAAACAUCACUUGGGAGCUGCAGCUCCAGAAAACCCAGAAGUGGAGGCCCUUCGCUUGGAAGUGGCAGAGAUAAAAGAGAAGUAUGAAGCUGUGCUGGAAGAAAACAAAAAAUUAAAAGCAAAGCUUGCUCAGUAUGAACCACCCCAGGAAGAGAAGCGAGGAGAAUAAAGUUCUUUUAUUACUGGAAUAAAAGACUUUGAAGCACAAACA